AUGGGUGAAUUCAUCUUCCUCUUCCUCUUCUGUGUUCUCGGCUUCCAAAGUUCUGUUCUUAAGGUGACCCAGGCAAGGUUCCAGGCCACAAAGUGCGGAGAUGCAGGUCCUGACAUCCACUAUCCUUAUCAGAUAAAAGGUCGGCACCAACAAUAUGAGUCCCUUCCUGGUUUUGAGCUUCUUUGCAAAGACAAUCUCACAACCAUCCACUUUCCGUCUUAUGGAGAUUUAGAAGUGAAGUCUAUUUCCUAUGACACCAAAAAUAUUCACCUGCGUGACCCCAAAAACUGUGCCCAUAAUGUCUUUCUGAACCUCAAUCUCUCCCUCACACCGUUCCACUAUUUUUAUGUUCUGAAAAACUAUACAUACCUCAAUUGCUCGACCACCCUUCCACCUCCUUUCGUGGAGGUUCCAUGUUUAAGUGCUUCAAGUCAUCACGUCUACACGGUGGACUCUACACUACCUGUGCCAGGUUCAUGUCAAGGAGUCAGAACUGUUCCCAUUCCUUUUGCAUAUAGCCCUUAUCUCUCGGACAGCAUGCUUGGUCUCAGAUUAACAUGGGACUUGCGUGAACCUGAAGACAACGGAGCAAUAAACCGGACUAGAGGUUCCCACACAUCACGUAACAUAGUUAUUGGGUCCAGCAUGUGUGUUUUUGUGAUGGCAGUGUUACUGCUUAUAAGGAUAAAGAUUCGUGUGGCAACGAGGAAUAACUACCAGAAACAAGAGCAGCUACUGCAGAGUUAG